AAUUGAAAUAGUAUAUUAUAUUGAGUUUGUGACUGAAAGAAACUUCAACCUCAAACUUUCAGGAGUUAAACUUGUUAUUUUUCAAAGAAACCGACAAUUAAAAUAAUAAAUUCGAAAGCCGGUUGUUUCGAAUUACAACUGCACCUUAUCAAAGCCGUUCAUUAUCAAAAUAAAUUCCUCGAUUAAUUACUCAUGAUUUGCCCGGAUUUUUUAGAAUUUCAGGAUAACCUGAAAAAAAUGCGUACUUUGGAUGAUAAGAUUGUUUAUGCACUUAAUACAUCAAUACCCACCGAAUCCUUUCGUAAUAAGGUUAAUGCGACUGCUGCUUGUGAAGAUCUAUUUUCUCAGAUACAAAAGGGCCACACAGAGAGAGAAAAUGUUAUUAAAAAUUGCAUUAUUGUAACUGCAGAGCAUGUAAAAAAGUUGAAGGCUGCUAAAGAAGAAACACCAGAUGAUUAUAAUGUUAUGAAAAAUUUAAAGGCUGAACAGAAAAAGUUACGCUUGUUGCAAACAGAAUUAAGUGUGGAAGAGGUGAUAAAAGAAAAGACUACCAAGUUAUUUACAGAGAAAUGUAGAAGUUAUUUCAAACCCGAAAAUUUAUGAAGACUGAUAUUAUUGAAAAAUGUUUGACCGUUGUGUUGAAGUGUUAUUGUGUAAAUAAUUAUAAAUAGUACAUAGUUGUCUGCAUAAAUAGUACAGAUAUUAAUCUGGUUGAAAUUUGA